ACUAAGGAAAAUUAUAUCGGGCCAAUUUAAAUAACUGAACCUUCUGCAAAACAAAUCAGUGCGGCGCGACGACUCAAGGAAGCGGGAUUAAAGGGCCUGAAUAAUUACAAGUAAUUGUAUUACAAUGGUGUCCAUCAACAUAUUCACCUUUACAUUGGUGUUGCUGAUUGGAUUUAACCAUGCAGAGCCCACUUUGGAAGAUUGGCCCGCCGAUUGUAAAGGAAAGUCGUACUGCCGCAUUCAACCAAGCUACUAUCCGCAAGAGAGAUUUGAGGAGAUUUUAAAAGGACAGAGUUUUAACUUCGCGCAGGGCGUCAUCCUCGUGAAUAACACCAGCGGCGACGGUGAAGACGUAGCUGGCUGCGACAACCAAAGAUCUUUCGGGAAGAUUUAUUUGAUCCUUGACGAGAAUGACAAGAUUCGGUUUGUGGCGCAAAACGAAGACGUCUUCUCGAUUGAAAUUGGAGUAGAGGAAUGCCAAGACCCUGGACCAUACCAGUCUACAGCCCUAGACGAAAGCAAACAACAAGACUACCCGGUCAGCUGCCACGAAACAAAAAUUCCAUUCAUGUUUCCCGUGCUGACGCUAGAUGGCACGGCUUUGGAAUCUGUGGCGCCCAAAGAUGGCCUCUCAGUCAGCUGCUCUGCUAAAAUUAUAGAGAAAAAUUGAAGUUUUUCAUUUUUUCCGCAGUCUUUUUAAUUGCUUAAAAAUGUUCACUUCCUAAAACAUUUUUGUAACAUGUACAUUUUGAAAGAACAGAAAAUAAAAAAAAAGCUAUUCAUACACGAA